AUGGCCGGGGUCAGCUACGCGGCGCCCUGGUGGGUGAGCCUCCUGCACCGGCUGCCCCACUUCGACCUGCACUGGGAGGCCACCAGCAGCCAGUUCCGGCCCGAGGACACCGACUACCAGCAGGCGCUGCUGCUGCUGGGGGCCGCCGCGCUGGCCUGCCUCGCCCUGGACCUCCUCUUCCUGCUCUUCUACUCCUUCUGGCUGUGCUGCCGGCGGCGCAAGAGCGAGGAGCACCUGGACGCAGACUGCUGCUGCACCGCCUGGUGCGUCAUCAUCGCCACGCUGGUCUGCAGCGCCGGUAUCGCCGUGGGGUUCUAUGGCAAUGGGGAGACCAGUGACGGCAUCCAUCGGGCCACCUACUCUCUCCGCCACGCCAACCGUACUGUGGCAGGGGUCCAGGACCGCGUGUGGGACACGGCAGCCGCCCUGAACCGCACGGCGGAGCCCAGCCUGCAGAGCCUGGAGCGGCAGCUGGCCGCGAGGCCGGAGCCCCUGCGGGCGGUCCAGCGGCUACAGGGCCUGCUGCAGACACUGUUGGGCUACACGGCGGCCAUCCCUUUCUGGAGGAACCCAGCCGUGUCGCUGGAGGCGCUGGCCGAGCAGGUGGAUCUCUACGACUGGUACAGGUGGCUGGGCUACCUGGGCCUGCUGCUGCUCGACGUGGCCAUCUGCCUCCUGGUGCUGGUUGGCCUCAUCCGCAGCUCCAAGGGGAUCCUGGUAGGGGUCUGCCUGCUGGGGGUGCUGGCCCUGAUCAUCAGCUGGGGCGCCCUGGGCCUGGAACUCGCCGUGUCUGUGGGCUCCAGUGACUUCUGCGUGGACCCCGACACCUACGUGACCCGGAUGGUGGAGGAGCACUCUGUGCUGAGCGGGGACAUCCUGGAGUACUACCUGGCCUGCUCACCUCACGCCGCCAACCCCUUCCAGCAGAAGCUGUCAGGCAGCCACAAGGCGCUGGUGGAGAUGCAGGACGUGGUGGCUGAGCUCCUGAAGACCGUCUCGUGGGAGUACCCUGCCACCAAGGACCCCCUGCUCCGUGUCCAGGAGGUGCUGAACGGCACAGAGGUGAACCUGCAGCACCUCACUGCCCUGGUGGACUGCCGCAGCCUGCACCUGGACUACGUGCAGGCCCUCACGGGCUUCUGCUACGACGGCGUCGAGGGCCUCAUCUACCUGGCCCUCUUCUCCUUCGUCACAGCCCUCAUGUUCAGCUCCAUUGUCUGCAGUGUCCCGCACACCUGGCAGCAAAAGAGAGGCCCCGACGAGGACGGGGAGGAGGAGGCCGCCCCGGGGCCUCGGCAGGCGCACGACAGCCUCUACCGUGUCCACAUGCCCAGUCUGUACAGCUGUGGCAGCAGCUACGGCAGCGAGGCCAGCAUCCCAGCUGCGGCCCACACCGUCAGCAAUGCCCCAGUCACCGAGUACAUGAGCCAGAACGCCAAUUUCCAGAACCCUCGCUGUGAGAACACCCCCCUCAUUGGGCGCGAGUCCCCGCCGCCUUCAUACACUUCCAGCAUGAGAGCCAAGUACCUCGCCACGAGCCAGCCUCGCCCCGAGUCCAGCAGCAGCGGGCACUAGACGCCCGGCCGCCACCCGCCCCACGUGCCAAUCGCCCCACUCCUUCCCGUGCCAGCCUCCCUGCUUGCACCCGUGGCCACCUGCCGGACCCUCCCCACGUACGCCGGGCCUGCCGUGGGUGCCUCUGCGGCCACUCGGCCCUGCCCUCCCUUCCUUCAGGGGUGCGGAGACAGACACCUGGCCUGCCUCCCGGGGCAACGCGGGGGCUCUGGGCCAACACCCUCUCCUCGGUCACAAGCCUGGACCCCUGGGGUGCUGCUCACGCUGCCUGGGCCCCCCAGCCCCCACACGCCUCUGCCCCGCUGGGGCCAGAUGUGCUGACGCCCCCCCCCCCCUACAGCUGGGCUGCGUCUGCCCCCUCUCCUUCCACAGGCUGCUGGGCACGGUGCCCCCCUCGGUGCCCCCGUUGGUGCCGGGCGUCUCGAGCGAUGGCGUGUGUGCCCGCCUGCUUGUCUCCUGCGUGCAGAGACCCCCGCGGCGCCCUUGCACACCUGCAGCAUCUGUCGUUCUUCCUUCUCUCGCCCCCCACCCCAGGCUCCUCCGCCUCAGUUGCCAGAAGCCUUCUGGGGG